AUUAUGCGCCCUUUUGAAUGAGACCAAGCGGGACUUUUGUCGCAUUGAAUGGGCAGCAGGAAAAUUGUUCCGAAAGCAGCUGUGUUUAUACUGAGUAUCUGCAUCAUCCAGGAUCAUUUUUGAACCACGUUGAAAUGAUUGAUACAAUCGAAAAAGACGACAAUAUCAUAAGCGAGGAAGAAGCAGCUCAGUAUGACCGGCAGAUUCGGCUCUGGGGUCUGGAUGCACAAAAGAGGCUGAGGGGGUCUCGAGUGCUGCUUGUUGGACUCAGAGGACUGGGUGCUGAAGUGGCAAAGAACCUUAUUCUAGCUGGAGUGAAAGCACUCACUCUUCUGGACCACGAACAGGUUACUGAGGAAUCAAGACGAGCUCAGUUCCUCAUACCAGUGGAUGCAGAUGGUCAGAAUCAGGCCCAGGCAUCCCUGGAACGAGCCCAGUUCCUCAAUCCAAUGGUAGAAGUAAAGGCUGACACAGAUCAAGUGGAAAGCAAGCCAGAUGACUUCUUUCUUCAGUUUGAUGCAGUGUGUCUGACAAGAUGCUCCAGAGACCUGAUGGUGCAUGUGGACCAGCUUUGCACCACCAGAAACAUUAAAGUCUUCUGUGGGGAUGUCUUUGGUUACCAUGGAUACAUGUUCUCUGACCUGGGCUCGGAGCAUCAUUAUGUGGAAGAGAAACCAAAGGUGGUGAAAUCAUCAGAAGAGGCUAAUGAUGGCCCUGAAGUGAAGAAACUUAAAAUUGAUCCGAAUGAGACUACCAUGGUGAAAAAGACGGCCAGUUUCUGCUCUCUAAAGGAGUCUCUAGAGGUUGACUGGACGAGUGAGGAGGCCAAACGCAAUCUCAAGCGCACACCACCAGAUUACUUCUUACUACAAGUUUUGCUGAAAUUCCGCACAGAUAAAGGUCGAGACCCUCAUCCAGGUAGCUUUGCUGAGGACUCUCAGUUGCUCCUGCAGAUCAGAGAUGAUCUCCUAGAGGCUAUGGGGGUGAAUCCGGAGCUGCUGCCUGACAACUUUGUCAGCUACUGUUUUUCUGAGAUGGCUCCAGUGUGUGCUGUGGUGGGAGGAGUACUUGGUCAGGAAAUAGUCAAGGCACUGUCCCAGAGAGAUGCCCCACACAGGAAUUUCUUCUUUUUCGAUGGCCUGAAGGGCAGCGGCGUGGUGGACUACUUUGGAGCCAAAUGAUCUUGGAGAAGACCAAGGACAAGUGGACAAAAUGGAGGCACUCAAAACAUCAUGGAAAGACCUUCUCAGUGCUUCAAAAAAAAAAAAAAAAAUGUUUUGAACAAUAAGCACUCCUUUGAGGAGCUCAGGCAUUGUCAUUAUUUUUUGUGAGUUUAUACAGUCUCCAGGCAAACACACUCACCUUUUUCUGCCUGCAAUUAUGACAAGAUAGUGAAGUUCCAUGGCAAAGUUUGUUAUUUCCCAUUUUAUAAUGAAAAGAUUCAAAUAAACAAAUUUCUUUUGGAUUA